CCAAACCCCUGUAAAACUUACAGAGCCUUGAAACACCCCGCGACUCCCACUCGCCUCCUUCCUCCACGCAGGUUUCUGAUCCCGGCGCUCGGAAGCCCUCGGUGCGAUGCCAUCCUGCCACGUGCCGAGUUUGGCGCAUCCAUCCAAGUGGAUGCUUCCCCCGCUCCUCCUUCUGCUGGCUGAGCUCGCCUGCGAUGCCCAACCCACGUACCAGUGGAAGGAUGCUGUGACGAGCAAGAGGAUCACAUGCCAGCAGUGCCCGCCGGGGACCUUCGUGGCGCAGCACUGCUCCGGGGACAGACCCACGGUGUGCCAGCCCUGCCCGGAGCUGCACUACACUCGCUACUGGAACUACCUGGAGAAGUGCCGCUACUGCAACGUCAUCUGCGGGGAGAAGCAGGUGGAGGUGCAGCAGUGCAAUGCCACGCACAACCGCGCCUGCCAGUGCCAGCAGGGCUACUACUCCCACAUGGAGUUCUGCAUCAGGCACUCCGAGUGCCCGCCGGGCUCCGGCGUUGUGAAGCCGGGUACCCCCUUUGAGGACACCCAGUGCCACGACUGCCCCCAGGGCUUCUUCUCCUCCAACUCCAGCACCAGUCCAUGCCGGCCACACCAGGACUGUGAGCAGCAGGGGAAGGUGACCAACGUGCAGGGCAACAAGUACCACGACACCCUCUGCACGUCCUGCAGACCGGGGAGGGGCAACAGCACCCAGGGAUCAGCUGCAGAGGAUGACGACUGUGAACAAGCCAUGAUAGACUUCGUGGUGUAUCAGAACAUCCCCGUGAAGAAGCUGAAGCGCCUGCAGCAGAUCCUGGAGCGCACGCCGAAGAAGCAGGCACGAUGGACCAGGGCUGCCAUCCAGGAGAAAUUCCGGGCUUUCCUCACCCACAGGAAGGAGGAGAACUCUGAAGUCACCAAGGAGCUGCUGGACGCGCUGCGCAUGGUCAAGCUCCACUCCAUUGAGGAGAAGGUCCGCGAGCGCUUCCAGCUGCCCUGAGACCACGGACUGGACUUUUCGGGUGCUCUUUGCUCUGGUUUUUAUCUUCUGAGGCUUCAUUAAUUUAUUCAUCUUUCCAAACAUAACUUGAAAAGCGGCACGAGAGAUGAGCGAUGGGGUGGCGCCGUGCCACGGCAGCUGUGUCACU